AUGGCGAGCGGUCGAAUGUCCAUGUACUCGGUGGCAUCUGAGGGCCUCGGAGCCUCCCGCGCUGGCCAGCAGUCUGCCCCCGUUUCCACCACGACUCUCCUCAAUGCUAUUCACAACAUUUAUUUGUCGUCCCAGCCCUACAAGUUGGAUGCUGGUACGAGCCUCGUCGUCAACACGUGGCUCACUGCUGCCCAAACUGGACCUGACGGAAGGACUGGAGGUACUAUAGAUCCCGCCCUUGGCGCAAGAGCGUGGGAACACGCUCGCCGACGUGCUGAGGAUGGCUGUAUUGUCCUUGGUUCUCUUCAUACAUCGACCCCGUCUCUCCUCACACCAUUCCUCUCAUCCCUCCCCCUAUCGAUCCCUUCAUCUGUUUUCAAGGCACUGGACGCCAUCCAGCCGUUUUUGAGGUGCUCUACCCCAUACAACCCGUCUACCUUCCGCCAGUCUGCUCUCGGCGUGACUUUGACUCUCAACUUGGCCGGUAGCCUCAAUGGAGCCUCAGUUGCCUUGUCUCAAGGCGGAAUCGACACCGCCAAGGGCCUCUUGAGCAUCCCUCCUGAGGCUGGGUAUCGCGCCUUCGACGUCUUUUACUAUCUUCUCACAUCCGCAUCUACACCUGCUGAAAGAGAGUUCUUGGGUCUCAAGGCGGCUUCCAAUUACGCUCUGCUGGCGAGAUCUGGUACCUAUGAUCCGCCAUCUUAUCUCCCCACAGCCGAUGAUGCCGCCGCUGCCGACGACUUCCGUUCCGCUCUAAAGGAUAUUGGCAUCAAGGGCUCCGCUCACCGCAACCUGAUUUCUACGCUCGCAGGCUUGCUAAAGCUAGGAGACACACUUGAUUACGGCGUGGAUGAGGAGGUCUUUGAAGAGAUUUGCGAGGAUGUCAGUGGCUUACUGGGGAUGGACCCGGAGACUCUCGCCAGACAAUGCACAACUGAAGACCGAUCAACGUUUGUUGGUGGUCUGUACGAGGCUUUGGUUGACUGGGUUAUUUCCAAGGCCAAUGAAGCGAUCUCUGCUCAGAUGGCACGCAUCAAAGACGGUGCUGAGUCCAUUGAUGGCCACGGUAUCCAUACGCCAACCUCUGGCGACGGUGGAGAUACCGUUUGCAUUACCGUCUUGGACGUUCCUGACCCGAACCUGGGCAAGGCUUUGUCCAUGAGGGGCGUCUUCGAUGACACCUUGGGCAUCAACGCCGAGAUGAUUGCUGAUGGUGUUGAUGUUGCUCCUGCCGGUAGUGCCGUAGUGCGUGAAAUGCAAACCGCCCUCAGCGAGGUUGGUCCUGAGCUCGGUAUCAUGACUGGUGCUGUUGGGAAAGACCGCCAACACGAGUUAGAGAAGCGAGAGGAGGUUCUUGAGAAGAUUGGCCAUUCUGCUGAUGAAGACGCUUUCCUCAAGAAGCUUAUCUUCCCUGUUACCGGACAAGGUGUUAACUUGGGACGUGCUGGCCGUAUUGAUCUAUCAUCUGUACUGAGCUCUAGCCGUGUGUGGUAUCACCUAGCCAUUCACCCCACGGAUGAUUCUCCGGCUAACUUAGCGGGUCUUCCCUCCGUGACCUCGGCCUGGUCGGCGGGAACCGUUUCUCGUCAGCUCCGGGCUUGGCGGUUACCGGAAUGGUCUAACAGACGCAACAAGAACCUCGACUUCACUGCAGACUUCGAUAUCGAUGAGUUUGUGCAAAGAUACGCCACCCUUGGUUGCAAGGAUGGCCGUGAAGGCAUUGAGACUUGGAUUCUUGAACGCGGCUGGACUAAUGGUGAAGUUGUAGUCGGCAAGGAACGUGUCUGGGUACGUGAGAGUGCCUGGUGGGAGGCUGAGAGCAUGCUCGAUAUGAAGCCUCUAGACAACAAUCUCCCUGGCAUGGGCCAUGUCAUGGUUGCCAAUAAUCUCGAGUCCGGCUACUCAGCGAACGGUAGUGGUUACUUUCCGCCACCCAUGCUGGACACUACUCCCAAUGGUAGCCGUGAUCAACUCAUUGCUCACCAACGAAACCACAGCCAGGGCAAUCUGUCGCAUGCAACACUUAAUCAGUACAAUGCCACACGCGCCCCAUCCAUUGCUCCAUCAGGGAUGCGCAAUGUGCAGACUGGAGAUUACGGCCUGGGUACGAAAGGCGAUACCUACAAGGGCCAGGUUUUCUACAGCAACGAGGGCGAGUUUGUCGGACAGAUGGACCCUGAACUGGCCGACGGCAAGCAGAUUGAGACUAAGCCAUUGACAAAGGAUCGACGUAUCUGGGUUGCAAUUGUUUGGUUCUGGACCUUCUGGAUCCCCUCCCCACUCCUGCGAUUUGUUGGACGCAUGAAACGACCUGACGUUCGCAUGGCUUGGCGUGAGAAACUCGUUCUUGUCUGGUUUAUCGUUCUCCUCAACGCUGCCAUCGUUUUUUGGAUCAUGUUCUUCGGCAGGCUUCUUUGUCCCAAUAAUGACAAGGCCUGGAACACUAACGAAGUUGGAUACCAUACAGGCGAAAACGACUUUUAUGUCAGUGUCCGCGGUCGUGUCUACGACCUGUCGAAGUUUUAUAAGAGACAACACUCUGACACCUCCAUCGAAACCACGAAAGACAACAUGCUGCCUUUUGCCGGCAUGAAUCUGGACCUCUAUUUCCCUCCUCCUCUGGAACUCGUUUGCCCUGGUCUUGGCAUUGCGGAAACCACCUCCCUGUUGACGAACAACACUGCCGAGUACCCAAAUGGUAUUCACAUUUCUGGUAUCAACACGCCUGAUCGCACUAGUGCUCUAGGCGACAAGAACUGGUACAGAACGAAAUUUCUUCCUGCUAUGAAGGAAUUUUACAAGGGCGACCUCGUAUGGGAUAAGAGUAAAGUCUCUAGUGAAGGCAGUAAUGAUAAUCACAUGUGGGUUAUCUACGACGGCGCUGUCUACGACUUAACCGAUUACUUCUACACCCAGAAGAGGAUGAAGAACGUUGAUAUGUACAACUUCCUCCACGAAAAGGUCACUAACGUCGUCUCCAACAACCCCGGUGACGAUGUCACUGAACUGUGGAACGACGUUAUCAAGGUUGCGUCAACCAACAAGACGGAAAGCGUAGCUGUGGGUAACAGCAUGAACUGCAUCAAGAACCUGUUCUACGUUGGCAUUCCUGACUUCCGCAAGUCUGCAAGAUGCCAGGUCAAUAACUACAUCAUGUUGGCUAUGACUAUUAUCAUUUGCGCGGUCAUUCUCAUCAAGUUCUUGUCCGCCCUUCAAUUCGGCUCAAAGAGACGACCCGCACCGCAGGACAAGUUUGUCAUCUGCCAGGUUCCUGCUUAUACCGAAGGCGAAGAUUCCUUAAGGAAAGCCCUGGAUUCUCUUACGGCACUGCAAUAUGACAACAAGAGAAAGCUUAUUUGUGUCAUUUGCGACGGUAUCAUUGUCGGUGCUGGCAACGACCGUCCUACCCCUAAGAUUGUCCUGGAUAUUCUUGGCGUGGACCCGAAGGUUGACCCUCCGGCGCUUCCUUUCAAAUCUGUGGGUACUGGUAGCGAACAACUGAACUACGGCAAGGUCUACUCAGGUCUUUACGAGUUCGAGGGUAAUGUUGUUCCCUACCUGGUCGUCGUAAAGGUCGGAAAGGAGUCUGAGCAGACCAAGUCGAAGCCUGGCAACAGAGGCAAGCGUGACUCUCAAAUUCUUCUGAUGAGCUUCCUCAACCGUGUUCACCACCGAGCCCCCAUGAGUCCCCUGGAAUUGGAAAUGUUCCAUCAAAUCAAUAACAUUAUCGGCGUGGAUCCUGAGCUGUACGAGUACCUCAUGAUGGUUGACGCUGAUACUUGUGUCUCGGAGGAUUCUCUUAAUCGACUUGUCUCGGCUUGCGCAAACGAUGCUAAGAUUGCCGGUAUUUGCGGCGAAACAGGUCUGCAGAAUGAUGACAGGACUUGGUGGACUAUGAUCCAGGUUUACGAAUACUUCAUUUCUCACAAUUUGGCUAAGGCCUUCGAAUCUCUUUUCGGAAGUGUUACGUGCUUGCCCGGUUGUUUUACGAUGUAUCGUCUGCGAACUGUCGACAAGGGCAAGCCGCUCAUUAUAUCCGACGACGUCAUCCGGGAUUACAGUGUUUGCGAUGUUGAUACGCUUCACAAGAAGAACUUGUUGUCUCUUGGUGAAGAUCGUUAUCUGACGACACUGAUGACGAAGUAUUUCCCGUCUAUGAAGUACAAGUUUAUUCCUGAUGCCUACUGUCAAACAGCUGCUCCUGAGUCGUGGAGCGUUCUAUUGUCCCAACGUCGUCGCUGGAUCAACUCAACUAUUCACAACUUGUUUGAGCUGAUGAAACUGAAAGAAAUGUGCGGUUUCUGCUGCUUCAGCAUGCGAUUUGUCGUAUUCAUCGAUCUUUUUGGAACCGUCAUCCUUCCGGCAACAACAAUUUAUCUCGGAUAUCUCAUCUACAUGGUGGCCACCAAGACCGGCCCAUUCCCUCUCAUUUCCAUCUGUAUGAUUGCUGGUGUAUAUGGUCUCCAGGCCCUUAUCUUCAUUCUGAAGAGACAGUGGCAGCACAUUGGAUGGAUGAUCAUUUACAUUCUCGCAUUCCCCAUCUACUCUUUCGCCCUCCCCAUCUACUCAUUCUGGAACCAGGACAACUUCUCAUGGGGUAACACGCGUAUUGUUAUUGGAGAGAAGGGUAACAAGCAGGUCGUCGCUGUGGACGAUGAGGGUUUUGAUCCCAGGAGCAUUCCUCUCCAACGAUGGGACGAUUAUGCCAUGGCCAACAAUCUCCCUGGACGCCGCGGCGGUUUUAUGGAGAAGCACGAUAUGGGCUACGACGAUCAGUACGAGAUGGACGAGAUCAGGUCUGUCUACUCGUCUGUUCGCCAGGGCUCUGUCCUUACCGGCAUGAACCGCAACAACACAUACAUGCCACCUCAAUCCCCUGCCCCCUUUGGAGGACACAUGGCUCGCACUUCUGGUGCAACAAGCCCGUAUCACAACGACCAGACUAUGGCCAACAGGCAAUCCAUGGCCUCUUUGGGCACUCAUGACAUUCACCGCAUGCAGACCCCUUAUCAAGACUUCCCUAGUAGUCGCCCGAGCGUCUCUAACCUGAGAGGCCAAGCCAGCCUUUCGCCAGGCCUCGGUGGCAACCGCUCGCAGUCAGCGCUUGGUCUGAACCGACCACAUGCGGCUCAAUCCACUUCGUCAUUCGAUUUCCAGCGUGGCAAUAUGCAGGGUCCUGAUGACGGCAUGAUCAUCGAGGCUAUUCAGGGUGUCCUGAGAGAGGUUGACCUCGACACGGUGACGAAGAAGCAGGUGCGCGCUCUGGUCGAGCAGAGGUUGCAGACUGGACUUGUCGGUGAGAGGAGAACAUUUAUGGACAGGCAGAUCGACAACGAGCUGGCCAACAUGUAA